AUGCAAUCUAUAAACAAUCAUACCCUUUCAACACCUAGACAAUAAGCUUAAAUUUAACAAUAACAAGAAGUAACCAAUAACUACAAUAAAUUAAUGAUUUAAUAUUCUGAAUUAGAAUAAGAAAUGUAUUCUCAAAGAACUGAUACUUAAACGAAAUAUCAAUCAAUUGUUACCAAAAUCGACAACAUCUAUAAUGAAUUAACCAACAAUAUAAAUUAACUUUAAUAAUCAUCACGCCAAGAUUACUAAUAAUUGUUAGAAGAACUAAAAUCCUAAAGGGAACAAAACAUAUAAAUGUUGUAAGCAAUUGCUUUAAGACAGCAAGGAAAUAAAUAGUAAUAAUUUUAUGGACAUAAAUAAAAUCUCUCCGAUAAUUAGUAUGAUUACAUAGACUUAUAAGAAUAGCAACUUCUAGAAGAGCUUCAAACUCUGGAUAGCUAUAAACAAUAGAAAUAGGAUAUACAUGAUCCAAUUCCAGUCAGUUCAAGAAUUCAAGUGAAUUAUUUAUCACCUACAAGUCAUCAAAGAAUCAGCUCUAAUUACAACAGCAUUUAACAACAAAAAUAACAUACACCAUUAUAAUCUACUCAAUAUUCAUAAAAUGCACCUUAAAUGCAGUAUCUCAAUUAACUAAGACAAAAUUAUGGUACCAUAGAAUUACCUUAAAAUAUAAACACAGAAUAAUAGCAAAAUAGUUAUUUAUCUGCUCCUUAAUACUCAAAGAGAUAAUCAGCCAGAGGCUAAGGUAACUAUUCAUAUGGAGAGUUUUAAAAUAAAAGUCCAAUUCUGAUAACGAAUGAAGAAUAGGUUGUGGAAUAAAGAAAUUCAUAUUACCCAAUAAAUGCGAGCUCCUAGCCAGAUUAAUAGUUAUCAAUUAAAUAGUAAGGCCAUUAAUUAAAAUAUUCUGAUAAUUUCUAAGGAGCUCUUCCAAUACACAAGCACAAACCCAUUUUUGAUUAAUAAAUCACAAAUAAGUCUAGAAUAACAGAGCCCAAUUAAGGUUAGUAUAUUAAAGAAAUAUGUUUAGAAAAAUAACCAAUAAAUUAAAUUGAUUAAGGAUAUUAAAUCUUACUAACAUAAUAAACGCCAAAUCGAAGGUAAUAUUCUUAAUAAAGUCUUCCUUAGAAUUAUAAUUAAUAAUAACCAAGUGCGAUUCAUUAAAAAGAAAGAAUUUUUGAUCUAUCUCAUCUGA